AGUUAGCCAAUGUAAGACGUAACACUCUGAACAAACAGGGGAGAAAUUAAAGUUCACUUUGUAUCAGAUGAGUAUGCACGGAGCACUACCACAGUUCUUCCCAGCCAUGGUUGCCCUUUUUUUUUUCCUUCUGCUGGACUUCAACUCUGUUACAGGUCAAAGCAGUCCCCUGAAUAAGUAUCAGUGUUCAAAGGGGGUGCAGUUAAUGUAUCGAUCCCACGAAGUACAUACAGUGAGGACUCAAGCUGCGACAAAUCGUGUGGACUGUGCAAGUCUUUGCUCUGCACUGUCAGACUGCAGAGCCUUCAACUUCAACUGGCAAGCUCAAAGUUGUCAACUGUUGGCAUGGACAGAGCAUUCAGCAAACACAGAUACACAACAAAAUGCUUACAAUAAUCUCUGCCAGAAGAAAGAUUACAUUCGGAACUGCUUUGUAGGAAAAGGAGAAAAUUAUCGUGGAACUAAGUCUGUGACCAAAUCUGGGAUUACUUGUCAGCACUGGAAAUCUAAAUUUCCUCAGGAUCACAGACACUCCAUGACACCUACAAAUGGGCUGGAGGAAAACUACUGCCGGAACCCAGAUGGAGAUGAGAUCGGACCUUGGUGUUACACCAUCAAGGAAAAUAUCCGGCAUGAAGAUUGUGGAAUCAAGAAAUGUGAUGUAGAUGUCUGUGUCACUUGCAAUGGUGAGGACUACAGAGGUUUUGUAGACUACACAAAAUCAGGGAGAGAAUGCCAACGCUGGGACCUGCAGUCACCACACAAGCAUCAUUACCAGCCUGAAAAGUAUCCAGAUAAAGGCUUGAAUGAUAAUUACUGCCGGAAUCCUGAUGGUUCUGUCCAUCCCUGGUGUUACACAACAGACCCAAAUGUGGAGCGUGAGCACUGCAAUAUCCAGAAAUGUACAGAAAAGCACAGGCUCCGGAAUGUGGAGUUUACCACUAAGUGUUUCAAGAAACACGGUGUCGGGUACAGAGGGACUGUGAACACCACAACCUCAGGAAUUCCAUGUCAGCGCUGGGAUUCACAGACUCCACACAACCACAACUUCCUUCCGGAAAACUAUGAGUGCAAAGGACUAGAGGAAAAUUACUGCAGAAAUCCUGAUGGAUCAGAGGCACCUUGGUGUUUUACAACCCUUCCAGCAAUGAGAGUAGCUUUCUGUCUGCAGAUCAAACGUUGCCCAGAAGAUAUUGAAGCAGAAGAUUGUUACCAUGGAAACGGGAAAUCGUACAAUGGAAAAGUUGCCAAAACACGCAAGGGAAUCACGUGUCAGAAAUGGACAGACGAAACUCCUCAUAAAUCAGAAUUCAAUCCAAAGGCUUACCCUGAAGCUGAUCUCCAGGAGAACUACUGUCGAAAUCCUGAUGGUGACAGUCAUGGUCCCUGGUGUUACACUAUGGAUCCCAACACCAAAUUUGAUUAUUGUGCCAUCAAACCAUGUGCAGGAGAUCUCAAGCCCUCCAUUAUAGAAAAUCCAGAGAAGAUUGAAUUUGAUGAGUGUGGGAAGAGGUCUGAUCGCAUGGACAACAGAGCUCGAAUAGUUGGAGGAAUUCCAGGGAACUCUCCCUGGACUAUUAGCUUACGUAACAGGGAUGGAAUACAUUUUUGUGGGGGCUCUCUUGUCGACGUUAAUUGGAUUAUUAGCACCAGGCAAUGCUUUACAUCAUGUGACUUGGAUCCUCAAGGAUAUGAGGCCUGGAUGGGCACUUUGUUUAUAAAGCCACAAGCCAAUGAUCCACAGAAGCAGGCCAUUCCAAUUAGUAAGAUUUUCUGUGGCCCAGCAGAGUCCUAUCUGGUGAUGCUAAAACUUGCACGUCCUGCAGAGUUGAACAGCAGGGUGGCUUUGAUCUGUCUACCACCGGAGAAGUAUAUUGUGCCUGAAGGAACUUCAUGUGAAAUUGCUGGAUGGGGAGACACCAGAGGUACUGGUUAUGAGAAUCAGCUAAAGGUAGCCAAAUUGACAGUACUUAGUAACAAGGAUUGCAAACGUGUGAAGGAGAAUGAGAUGUGCACACAGCCGCUUCACGCACCAACAGGUGCAUGUGAGGGAGAUUAUGGUGGUCCUCUUGCAUGUUUUACUCAUGACUGUUGGGUGCUGGAAGGUGUCAUCAUCCCAUCCAGAGGCUGUGGCAAAGCAAACCAACCUGGCAUGUACAUUCGUGUCUCCAUGUAUGUCGAUUGGAUCCAGAAAGUAAUGAAGAUGAAUUAAAUAUGAUUCCUAUUCACAGUAUGUUUUAAAGGACUACAGUGUUUAUCAGGCAAUGCUGUACACCCCACCCACUAAGGAUUUUUAAAGUUACAUAAUCCUUAACUCCUAACAGCCUGUGAUGUAUUUUGUUAUCUCUCACAAGUUCUGACUUCAUGGGUGCAGUUAUGGAAACUUGUAACACUGUUUGAUUUUAACAGCAUUUUAUACACACACUUUCCUUUUAUACUAGGUUAAAGUGUUUCUAAUGUUCUUUGGGCUGACUUGUAGGUACAACAAAUUGUUACAUAACCAAAAGAGUCCUUGAUUUUGACACAUUAUGAAAGAGUCUUUGAUUCUGAGCUAUGCCUCACAUAUUGAUUGGAUUACAUAAAAGAGCUAUACAGCACAGCGGGAAAAGUUAUUUUUCUAUGUGAGAAGGUUAUAUCUUCUCACCGUAUAAGCCACUGCCUCCCUUAGAAAUGUAAGUGAAAACACCACAGACGGAAGCAACACAUUUGGCUCAUUACAGCAUGGAUGGGACUUGUGAUAAAGUAGCAAAUGUAUGAAGUUUCUCUGGUCUAGUUGGUAUUUAGACAGAGUUUCAUUUGAAGUGUUAAGUAAACUGUAAACAGUCAGGUGUGUAA